AUGGUUGAGGCGUCGCGAUCUACAUAUCCUGACAGCCGGACACGUCACCUACUCCGCCGACGACAGGUUCCAGGAUCCCCUGUAGAUGAAGCUUCAGGAUCCCCUGUAAAUGAAGCUUCAGGAUCCCCUGUAAAUGAAGCUUCAGGAUCCCCUGUAUAUGAAGCUUCAGGAUCCCCUGUAAAUGAAACUUCAGGAUUCCCUGUAAAUGAAACUUCAGGAUCCUCUGUUGUUCACGCGGAGGGCAGCGAGGAGUGGACACUGGUGGUGAGGUACGCCCAACAGAGGGACUCCGCCGUCUACGAGUGUCAGGUCAACACUGAUCCUAAACUCUCGCGGCCUGUUACCCUCAAUGUCCUCAGCGCUGGCCGUGGAGAAGUGACGGCACCCAAGGCGCCUAAGGUCUUCGUGGCUAACAACACAGCCUCCACUAAGGAUGGACACCUCAGGGUGGAGAUCCAGGGCGCUCGGGAGCUGUACAUCGAGGAGGGGUCCUCCCUGUCCCUGACGUGUCUGGUGACCUCAUCCAAGGGACCGUCCACCCCCGUCUACUGGUACCACGACACCAAUCUCAUCGACUAUAACUCCCCUAGAGGCGGGGUCAACCUCAAGAUCGACCAGGGGCGAGGGGAGACUACGACGCGCCUGGUGGUGUCUGCCGUUGGACCUGGGGACUCCGGCAUGUACUCCUGCGUCCCUCCGGGUUCCCAUCCGGCCACCGUUCUAGUCCAUGUCCAGAAAGGGGAGCAUGAGGCUGCUAUACAACAAGGAGGUCUAGAUGAGGCUGCCAGCGCCUCCUCACAAGUAGCAUCCUCUUCCCUCAUCAUCCUCCUCAUCCUCCUCAUCUUCUCUACCUAUCUUCUUGAUCUUCUAGACCAGUUUAUGGCUCAUUCUCUGCCCUCAUACACUUCCCUCUCCUUUAUUUGUUUCUGUUCCACGUACUUCCUCUCUUCUCUCGCUUUCUCAUCUCCGAGAGAUGCUGUUUGCAGAUGGAUCUCCCAUCUUCUCGGGCGCUUACAACACCUGUCAUAGAGGCUUGACUUGUACUGCUGUUAUGAGGAUAAAUUUCAAUAACGUGAUUGAAAAUGAUCGAUCAACACGUAUGGUAAGCUAAUGUGGCGAGGCUUCGGGUCAAUCUUUCUCUCUUAUCUACUACUAUUCUCCGUUUUCUCUCUCCCUUAUCCUGCCUCCCAAGGCGAAGAGUGGAGGCGCUGUUAAUUCUGCUCGACUUGGUAUAGCAUUUUCUUAAUGACAUCACGGACCCAGCAGAGGCGAGUUCAAGCCAUCGGCGCUCGUCUGGUAGUCUGCCGGAGAGGGGGAUCUUACUUGAGCAACGGAGAAAGUACUAGAGGGAAGGAGGAGAGUACUUAAAACACGUCAGGUGAUAUCUGAUGUGCUCUGUGAUGUCAAGUGGAAGUCCUGCAAACGAUAUCGUCUGGUUUAAUGGUGCGAUGUGGCGUGCAAGUCCGGAGGCUUUGAGAUCUCACAUAUUUUUGGUUCUGCAAGAUUUACAUGAUGGCAGGAGACUUUAGGCUGUGUCUCCGAAUCUUCUUUAGUACCCUAUGUGGUAGGGCAACCCGUCCUCUUAGAAAAUAACGUCACUUUUGGCUCUUAUGCGCACUAUGGCGA